GUUCUGCUGAUACCACAUGCGACGUCGGACCGAUAUGCAACACUGGGGGCAUACGCAAUUGCUACUCUUUCCGAUGUUACUGCUGAAUAUCUUCUCGUGAUAUGUGUGCUUUUCUCCGGUAUUCACGCGCAAUGUUGUGAUUAAACAUAAAAGCCGCAUUCCUAGGAUCUGUUGCGCCGUGUUUCUACCCUAAAGAUGAAGACUUGGCUUCCACCUGUGUUCUCUCUUUUUUCCCUCUUCACUACGCGUGCAGCAGUUAUCGUCCCUGGUGCCACAUGGACCGAUACAUCUGAAGCCGUUAUACAAGCGCACGGAGCCGGAUUUUUGAAAGUUGGAUCUACAUACUACUGGUUUGGAGAGGACAAAUCUCACAACAGUGCCUUAUUCAAAGCAGUGUCGUGUUACACAUCUAGUGAUCUUAUGACAUGGUCUCGUCAGAAUGAUGCUCUUUCUCCCAUCUCCGGUACAGAUAUAUCGACUUCAAACAUCGUUGAACGUCCAAAGGUCAUCUUCAACGCCCAGAACUCCGAAUACGUUAUGUGGUUCCACUCCGAUUCAUCAGAUUACGGUGCUGCCAUGGUCGGCGUCGCAACCGCCACGACACCAUGUGGCCCUUACACAUACAAAGCAAGCUGGAAACCGCUCGGAGCUGAUUCUAGGGACAUGGGGCUAUUUGUCGACGAUAAUUCCACUGCUUAUCUCUUGUAUGCUUCAGAUAACAAUCAGAAUUUCAAGAUCUCUCGAUUGACCACCGACUACCAUAAUGUGUCUGAACAAGUCAACGUCCUUUCCGCUUCCACUCUGGAAGCUCCUGGUAUCGUUAAGCGCAAUGGAGUAUAUUACCUUUUCGCUUCCCACACGUCUGGAUGGACACCCAACCCAAACAAAUAUUUUUCAACAACAUCACUGUCAGGGACAUGGUCCUCCCAAGCUGAUAUAGCCCCCGAAGCCGUUCGAACAUACUUCUCACAGAACGCAUAUGACUUUCCUUUGGGAUCAAACGCGAUAUACAUGGGCGAUCGGUGGAGGCCAUCUUUGCUUGGAAGUAGUCGCUACAUGUGGUUCCCGUUAUCAUGGUCGUCUGGAUCUCCCCAAAUAGUCGCUGCAGAUGUUUGGAGCGUGGACCUCACAGCCGGAACUUAUACCGUCGCCAUCGGCACGACUUACGAGGCUGAAGACGGGACCAUAAAUGGCUCUGCCACAAUUAUCAGUGACUCCGCAUUUUCCUCCGGUGGCGGUGUAGGAUGGCUAGGUCACGGCGGGACGGUCACUAUCAGCAAUGUUCAAGGAACCGGGUCUCCCCAGUGGAUCGCCUUAUAUUAUGCGAAUGGCGAUAGUACGUGGCGCAAUGUAACUGUUAGUGUUAACGGUGGCAUCGAUGUGUAUGUGGAUCAGCCAGAUACAGGCGGCGGACAUGUCAUCUUGUCUGUCCCCGUGCAACUUACCCUCCGAAGUGGUUUGAAUUCGCUCACCUUUGGCUCUAAUCAAACCAAUUACGCAGGAGACCUGGACAAGAUCAUUGUAUAUACAGCGACGUAGUUUCAAGUCUUGCCUUCCCUUAGUGCACUGCGAAAGAGCAUCUUCAUUUCAGAGAGCGAAUGAAUAAAAAUGACUUGGUGUAUGAAAUGCCUUCUGCUAUCUACAGUAAAUAAGUCACAUUUCGUCUAUAUACGUCUAGGAUGAGAAUGUAUACAAGGCUGCAGGGAUAGUGUGAAUCAC